CUCCGCCAUGGAGGCCGCCCGCCGCCCGCUGCCGGUGCCUCCGGGGGCCGGGCCCCCCAAGACCACCCCCGCCGACCCCCGCCGCCUCCUCACCGACCCCCGCACCGGCCGCUCCUACACCCGGGGUCGCCUGCUGGGCAAGGGAGGCUUCGCUCGGUGCUACGAGAUGACGGAGACCGGCGGCGGUCGCGCCUACGCCGUCAAAGUGAUCCCCCACAGCCGGGUGGCCAAGCCGCACCAGAGGGAGAAGAUCCUGCACGAGAUCGAGCUGCACCGAGACCUGCACCACCACCACGUCGUCCGCUUCUCGCACCAUUUCGAAGACGCCGACAGCAUCUACAUCUUCCUGGAGCUCUGCAGCCGGAAGUCCCUGGCGCAUAUAUGGAAGGCCCGGCACACGCUGCUGGAGCCAGAGGUGCGUUACUACCUCCGACAGAUCAUCUCUGGCCUCAAGUACUUGCAUCUCAAGGGCAUCCUGCACCGGGACCUCAAGCUCGGAAACUUCUUCAUCAACGAGAACAUGGAGCUGAAGGUGGGAGACUUCGGGCUGGCUGCCCGGCAGGAGCCCGUGGAGCAGAGGAAGAAGACUAUCUGCGGGACCCCUAACUACCUGGCUCCGGAGGUGCUGCUCCGGCAAGGCCACGGCCCGGAGUCCGACGUCUGGUCCCUGGGCUGUGUCAUGUACACGCUGCUGUGCGGCAGCCCCCCCUUUGAGACGUCCGACCUGAAGGAGACGUACCGCUGCAUCAAGCAGGUGCACUACACGCUGCCCGCCGCCCUCUCCACCCCCGCCCGCCAGCUCAUCGCCGCCAUCCUCAAGCGCCACCCCCAAGAGCGCCUCACGUUGGACGAGAUCCUGCGCCACGACUUCUUCGCCAAGGGCUACACCCCGGACAAGCUACCCCCCAGCAGCUGCGUGAUGGUCCCCGACCUGACCCCCCCCAACCCAGCCAAGAGCCUCUUUGCUAAAGUCACCAAGAGUCUGUUCGGCAGAAAGAAAAGCAAAAGUAAGAAGGCCCCCCCCGAGGAGCGGGACGAGGUCUCCCGCCUGGUGACGGGGCUCCUGCACACCUCCAUCUGCCCGCAGAACAACUCCAAGGACGCGGACCGCCCCGAGACCCCUGCCCCGCCGGGCCUGGCGUCCCCCAGCCUGGCCGAGACCCCACCCGAGGACAGCUUUCGGAAAUCCGGCUCCGCCCGGGGAACACUGGCCAGCAGCUGCGAUGCGUUUGAAGAAUGCGUCACAGCGGCCAUGGUCAUGGAGUCGGCCAUCUGGAGCCUCAGAACCUGCCUCGCCUUCAUGCCCCCAGCCGAGAGGAACCCGGCGCCCCUGGCCCAGUCGGAGCGGCUGGUCUGGGUCAGCAAGUGGGUCGACUACUCUAACAAGUUCGGCUUCGGCUACCAGCUGUCGAGCCGCCGCGUGGCCGUGCUCUUCAACGACGGCACCCACAUGGCCCUGUCGGCCAACAAGAAGACCGUGCACUACAACCUGACCAACAGCAAGCAUUUCUCCUUCCCCGUGGGGGCCGUGCCCGAGCAGCUGGAGGCCCAGCUCAGCGUCCUGAACUACUUCGCCUCCUACAUGGAGCGGCACCUCCUGAAGGGCGGAGACCUGCCCAGCGUGGAUGAGACGGAGCUGCCCCCUCCCCUGCUCCUGCAGUGGAUCAAGACGGACCAGGCCCUGCUGAUGCUGUUCAGUGACGGCACCGUUCAGGUGAACUUCUACAUCGACCACACGAAGGUGAUCCUGAGCGGCUGGGAGCCGCUGCUGGUCACCUACGUGGCCCGCGACCGCAGUGCCUUCACCUACAAGGCGGCCCACCUGCAGCAGCGCGGCUGCUCUCCCGACCUGCAGCAGCGGCUGCGCUAUAUCCUGCGGCUGCUGCGGGAGCGGAGCGGCUCCUAGGACCCGGACCCCCGCGGGAGGGAGAGCGACCCGACCCUCCUCUCCACGUGCCUAGCCGGUGCUCAGAGGCGACCGCGGCCCGGGCCGCACCACGGACCUGGGCUUGUGCCUCUUUGGCUCGGCCCCGGCGAUCGGCCCGCCUCUCCCCGGCCCCGGGCUGCUCGGGGCUUUGACCUCUGACCUCUGAGCUCCACGGGGGGGGCGAUGAUUUUCGGUAUCCGAGCUGCUGCCCCCGCCGUCCUCUGAGAUGGGGGCCCGGCCUGGGCCCCUCGCCUGGGCGGGCCGUUCUGGAGGAGGGGCGAGAGCUGCCCCUGCUGGGGCAUUUUCGCUUUGUUCCCGCACCUUCCGUCCUCCCCGCCGCCCUACCGAUGCCAAAAACAAGAAACCCAAAAUGUUCCUUUAGCCAGCCCGGGGGCCAACGGAAGCCUGUGCCGUCCCGAGCGGGGUGGACGGACGGAUUACCACUACUUUGACGAUGACGAUGAUUUCUGGGCUCCAGGCUGCUGUUCCGCCCGCACCUGGGGGGCAGGGCCGGAAAACAGAGGCUGCAGCCUCCCUGCCCCCCGGGGCGCUGACCACUAGCCAUUCCCGAGGCCUGCGGCUGCUUCAGUGAGGUCUUCGGGCUCUGGAUCCGAAAAUAUUUUGGGGAUGGGCCGCUCUGUGAGCCUCACCAGCUGCGCCCGAGAGGUUGUGGCCAGGCAGCCACAGUCCAAGGCGCAGAGAGCCAGAGGGGCUUCCCACGGGGGGCAGUGCCCCCUUCCCCCCCUUUGCCGGUCUCAGUUGUUGCCCCCCCGAGCCGCCUCUACCGGGCUGUGGGGAGGGCGGUCCCGGCCCCGAUGGUUAUUUAUGGAUUUUUAUUUAUUGUCCAAGUUUGGUUAUUUAUUGGGCAGAGAGGCUGCCUUCGACCGGGGCCCGGCCCCCGUAACGCAAUAAAUAUUUCCAGAAAACAAA